UGUUUAGAUGGAGUGAAGAAAAUCGAACACAGAUACACUACUCCAAUAUGGUGCAAUAGUUUUCAAACGGUCAACUGAACGACUAUGGAGUUAAGUUUAGGACAAUGAACCCCACAGACUCGUCUCGCUUAACGCAGUACAAGAAUAAGGGGAAGGAUACGAUACUCAAGAACAGUAGGGUAGACGAGGCUGUCACAAUUCGUAAAGACAAAAGGGAAGAUCUGUUAUCGAAGCGGCGUAAUAUUAACGCACAAGAUGAAAAUGUUGUUCGAUCUUCAGCUCAGUCGGGGCCGUUCGAUAGCGACCUGUUGCAACAAAUAGUAAAGAUGGCACGUAGUGAUGAUCCAAGUAUCAAAUUGGCAGCUGUUCAGCAAGCUCGUAAAAUGUUAUCUUCGGAUCGUAACCCGCCAAUAGAUGAUCUUAUCUCUAGCGACAUUUUACCAAUACUUGUAAACUGCCUCGUCUCUGAUGAUGUCAAUCUGCAAUUUGAAGCCGCAUGGGCUCUCACAAACAUCGCCUCGGGAACGUCCGAACAAACCCAGGCAGUGGUAAAUGCGGGUGCUGUUCCGCUUUUCCUGCAGCUUUUGUCAAGUGGUAAUUUGAAUGUCUGUGAACAAGCUGUAUGGGCUUUGGGUAAUAUAAUUGGCGACGGUCCUCACUUUCGAGACUACUGUCUACAGCUUGGUAUACUUCCUCUGCUGUUAAACUUCAUAACACCGGAAAUACCUCUCGGGUUUUUACGGAACGUCACCUGGGUCAUCGUGAAUCUUUGCCGAUCGAAAGAUCCUCCCCCAACCCCUGAGAUUGUGAAAACCAUUUUACCAGCGCUGGUAUUGCUGAUUCAUCACGAUGAUGCUAACAUUCUUGUUGAUACCGUGUGGGCCCUGUCGUAUCUUACCGACGGAGGUAACGAGCAAAUUCAAAUGGUCAUCGACAGUGGAAUCGUUCCGUCGCUAGUCCCCAUGCUUGGUCACUCCGAUGCUAAGGUACAAACAGCCGCUCUUCGGGCUGUCGGCAACAUCGUCACGGGAUCUGAUGAACAAACGCAGCUCGUGCUCGAUUGUGGUGUGCUACAAGAAAUGCCACAGCUUCUAUCACAUCAAAAGGAGAAGAUCAAUAAGGAAGCUGUGUGGUUCCUGUCUAACAUCACUGCUGGCAACCAGAACCAGGUACAAGCUGUACUCGAUGCAGGCUUGAUGCCAUUGAUCAUCAAUCUGCUCGGAAAAGCGGAUUUCCCCACACAAAAGGAGGCAGCAUGGGCUGUGUCUAAUGUAACAAUCUCUGGACGACCCGACCAGGUUGAGCAGAUGGUGAAUUGUGGUGUGAUUCCUCCCUUUUGUGCUCUCCUGGAUUGUAAGGAACCACAGAUUAUACAGGUUGUUCUUGAUGGCAUCAACAACAUCCUCAAAAUGGCUGGUCCUGGCGUGGAAGCAAUUUGCACACAGAUUGAAGAGUGUGGGGGACUGGAUAAAAUCGAACAGUUGCAAAAUCACGACAAUGAAGAAAUAUAUAAGCUCACAUACGAGAUUAUUGACACCUAUUUUAAUUCGAACAGUGAUGAUGAGAUUACGGCCGGGCAAGAAGUCGCUCUCAAGUACGGACGAGAUUAUCUCAUUGUUAUUCCCCUGCCUCCGGAGCAGAAAAUGGGAGUAUCCGGAGCAGAAAUGGGAGGUAUCCGGAGCAGAAAAUGGGAGGUAUCCGGAGCAGAAAAUGGGAGGUAUCCGGAGCAGAAAUGGGAGGUAUCCGGAGCAGAAAAUGGGAGGUAUCCGGAGCAGAAAAUGGGAGGUAUCCGGAGCAGAAAAUGGGCGGCAUCCGGAGCAGAAAAUGGGAGGAGGAUCUGUAACUCAAUCCAGAGUGCCCAACUUUCAUGCAUUGUCAAUUUGGGAAUUAGAAAAAUCUUGGAGGAGGACAUCGGAAGAAUAAUGUCAGCUGUUCGCCUUCGAAAGCUCAUUUCCAUCUGCAGCGGAUCCUUACAAGUAUUUUUUGCUCUUGGGUCAGACCUCGUCAAAGUUUCUGUGUCGAUCAGCUCAAUCUCUAUGACACGUUACAAUAUGGACACCUGCGAUGAUAUAUGUAGCUCUUGUUCAUUCUCAUCAUCGAACUCGAAGUCUGAAGUUGAUAUUUGA